AGGAGAGGAGGCGUGCGAGGGAAGGACCUUCCUGUGUUGUUCUCCUGCUCUCCCCGUUCCCCGCCUCUGGAAGGGAAGCCCGCCCGGGUCUUGGCUUUCCGCGGGUCUCUUCGGCUCUGCCGGAUUCCCACGAGACAUUGAGGUGCGGCUUGCAAGGGAGAAGCCCUUCCCGUAGCUCCCGAAAACACCCAGCACCUGUCUUAAUGACUUCCAGUAUAAUCUUUUGCACCUGAGCCUUCUUGUGAAUGAGCUAAGCUUUUGGGCCUGAAGCCAAAUAAGCUGCAUCUUUUCCCUGCAAAAAGAGACCCAAAACGAAUCCAGCCCCUUCAAGAUGGAAGUCGUGCCUGAAGAAGGAGGCACGGUGGCUGCUGCGGCCCCCUUGUUUCAAAAUAUGUUCACUUGCGGGUUGCCUGUGGGAAUUAAGAUGGAAGAGGCUGCUCUCGUGAGUGAGGAAGAAGGGGAAACAUUGGCAAAGGCCCCGAAUUUUGACCAGGCUGGGGACACCAGAGGGGUAGGGCCUCAGCUAAUUAAACAGGAACCAGAAGAAAGGUUGGCUCAGCGUUGGGAAGCCCAGUGGCAGGAAUUCCUGAAGACGCUGCAGCCCCCUCACACAGGAGGGGGUGACCCACAGGGGCUGUGGGGUGAUAAGACUGCCGACGAGUUAUCCUUGGCCGCCUCAGAGAACGGGACUGACAUUGGCCAACCUCCCAAUGUGGAGGGGGCACCCCAAACCUCCCUGGCCCAUGAGAGAGUCCUGGGUGAUGGAGAUGGCAGGAAAGCGAAGGACGGCGUGUCGGGCAAUGCGAACGUCAGCGCAGAGAUCCAGCGCAAGCGGUUCAGGCAUUUCUGCUACCGGGAGACCGAGGGGCCUCGAGAGGUUUGCAGCCGACUCCAGGAGCUCUGCCACCACUGGCUGAGGCCAGAGAGAUGCACCAAGGAGCAGAUCUUAGAGCUGCUGAUCUUGGAGCAGUUCUUGACCAUCCUGCCUCAGGAAAUGCAGAGCUGGGUCAGGGAAGGCGGGCCAGAGACCUGCGGCCAGGCUGUGGCCUUGGCGGAAGAUUUCCUCCUGAGUCGGGAGGAGCGGUGGGAAGAGGGGGUGCUUCUUGGGUCUCCGGAGGAGGAGCAGAGUGGAGCUGCUAUGGAUCCGCUGUCCUUUUCAGACAUCAAGCUGGGUCAAGUCUGCAAAGGAGUCAAGGAAGAAGAGCACGAGGAGGAUCCCAGCUCGGUUGUCGAUGGAACAACAACCCUGACGCUAGAUUCUAAUCCGUCUCCUCUCUGCACCUCUUUGGAUCCAGCUCAGGACCGGGUGACUUUUGAGGAGGUGGCCGUUUGUUUCUUUGAGGAGGAAUGGGCCCUGCUGGAUCGAGACCAGAGAGCUUUGUACAGGGAAGUUAUGAUGGAGAACUAUGAAAAUGUGGCUGCUUUGGGAUUAUGGAUCCCCAAACCGGAUCACAUCUCUUGGCUGGAAGGAGGAGAAGAUGCGUUCAUCCGUGAUUUCAAGGAAACGGAAAGUUUGACAGCUGAUAUAACUGUGAGUGAGAUCAAAGAGGAGGAUCUGAGGCUAGAAAUCACUUGGCCAGAAGAAUCGCUGGAGAUUUUCCCAGGAGGAUUUCAAGAGGACGUUUCCUUACCAUCUCUACUGCACUGUGAGAGUGAUGGCACAGUCAGUGAGAACGAGGAAGAGGUGACUCAUCAGGAUGGCUCUGAGUUGGCAGGAUCACUGAGAACAUUUCCCGGAGGAUCCCUCAGGGAUGCUUUCAUGAAGUCGGAGCCUUGCGAUCAAGGCCACGACUCAGACAGGCAGCAGUGGCACCAGGCUGUAAAUAUGUGGGGCAUCUCCAUCCAGAAAGUGGAGAAUGUCACGGCGGAUCACUUGGGCGUCAUGCCCACAGGGGAGGAGAGCCACAUGUGCCGCAAGUGUGGGCAGACGUUCGAACACCAGUCAGGGCUUAUCGUACACCAAAUGAUCCACACGGCGGAGAGGCCCUAUGAGUGUCUCGAGUGCGGGAAGAGCUUCUGCCAGAGGGAGAAUCUGCUCGCCCACCAGAAAAUCCACUUGGGGGAGAGGCCCUACGAAUGCCUGCAGUGCGGGAAACAUUUCAGCACCAGGUCCCAUCUCAUCACCCACCAGCGGAUCCACACCGGUGAGAAGCCUUACAAAUGCCUCCAUUGCGCCAAAAGCUUCAGCAACAAGUCAUCCCUUGUCACCCACCAGAGGAUCCACACAGGGGAGAAGCCCUACGAAUGCCUUGAGUGCGGGAAAAGCUUUUGUCAGAGCGGCCAGCUGAUCCGGCACCAGAGGAUCCACACAGGAGAGAAGCCCUACGCCUGCCCUCAGUGUGGGAAAGGCUUCUGCCAGAGGGGGCAGCUGAUCAGGCACCAGCGAAUGCACACGGGGGAGAAACCUUUUGAAUGCCUCCAGUGUGGGAAGAACUUCAGCAGGAAAUCGUACCUAGACAUUCACCUCCGCAUGCACACGGGAGAGAAGCCCUACGGGUGCUUGGAGUGCGGGAAAAACUUCUGCCAGAGUGCCCAGCUGAUCCGCCAUCAAAGAAUCCACACAGGGGAAAAGCCCUUUGAGUGCCCAGAGUGUGGGAAAAGCUUCUUUCAGAAAGAAAAGCUGGUAAGGCAUCAGAGGACCCACACAGAGGUAAAACCAUAUGAAUGCUCUGUGUGCCAGAAAACCUUUGUGCGCCAAGAUAAACUCUUUAAUCACCAGAAGUCUCAUGUAGGGUAUGAAAUGUUUUGAAUGAUUU